AUGUCCUCUGAAAGUAUAAAUUGCAUCAGUCUAGUAGUGUUAUCCCUUCCAUUAUCUACAUUAUAUUUUACAUUGGUAUCCGUGAGAACCAAAGAACAUGGUAGGUCUUCAUGUACAAAAUGGUAUUAUCAGUCACAAAGAGGCUCUUUGCCUAGUGUAUGAGGGGCAGCUCAGGGCCACCUCUUCACCAAUCCCUUCCCAUUUUUAUGCUUCACUACAUUGUUUUUCAUGUUAAUGUAUUAAUAACUGGAUAUAAGGGCAGAUAAAAUUUUCUAGGGAUCAUAUUAAAAAUUGUUCUUUGCAGAAAACAAGAUUUUUCACUUUGUUAAAAACUUCACUGUUCCAGUAAUAAUAACCAUGAAAGGAGGCCGUGAAUGGUACAGGUUCACAAGAGGUGAGAACAUCAGACAGUGUUGGUAUGGAGAGUCUCAAAGUGAAUGGUGUAGUUAUAACAGCAAAGGAAAGAAGAAGUGGGUGGUGUAGGUGAGGUGUUUGGUGUGAGAGAAGGAUGUGUGAUACUGGAAAGAAUGAACUGGAUGAAAGAAUCAGCAGGGAGGAAGUGGAGAGGGGUGUGAAAAGGCAGAAGAAUGGUAAGGCAGCAGGCCCAGAUAAUAUACUGUACGAGUUCUACAAGAAUGGUGGUGAGGUAGUGAUUGACAGAAUGACUGAAUUAUUCAACCAAGUGUGGGAUGAAGAGAGUGUGCCAAGAAAAUGGAAUGAGUGCCGAGGGAGUCUGUUACAUAAGGUAGGAUACAAUAGUAAGAAUGAGUUGAACUACAUACCAAUUGCAAUAGUGAAGGUAACAGGUAGUUUUCAGUGCAGUGCUGAAUGAGAGAUUGUGUAAAUGGAUUGAGAGAAAUAGAGUGUUAGGUGAAGAACAAAAUGGAUUCCAUGUGGACAUGAGAGCUGAGGAUAAUAUGUUUGUGGUGAAUUAAGUGAUCAAAAGAAGAAAGACAGAAGUUGAUAUUACUUAGGUUUUUGGGAUAUAGAGAAAGCAUAUGAUAUGGUGAAUAGAGAAAUGCUAGGCAGAGUCUUAGAAAGGGUUGGGUUAAAUGCAAAGAUAGUUAACAUAGUGCAAAGCAUGUAUGUGGACAUGAGCUAAAUACAGACUAGGAGACAUAGAAACAGACUGGGUGAAGAGUGAGAGAGGAGUUAGGCAGGGAAGUACGUUGUCAUCAACCCUUUUCAGGUUGUAUACAGAGGAGUUAGCAGCCAGAAUGAGAAGAAUGAAAGGAGUAAGUGUGGAGAAUGAUAAGAUGUGUGUUCUUUUAUGCAGGUGAUAAAGUGGUUAUGAGUCAAUUGGCAGAUGAGAUCCAAAGUUUGCUGGAUAUUGUAGAUGGGCAUGGAAGAGACUUUGGAGAAAGGUUUAGCAGUGAGAAAAGCAAGGUAAUGAUUGUGAAUAGGUCAGAUGAUGAAAGUAAUGCAGUAUGGAAACUUGAAGAGAACGAGUUGAAAGAAGAAUACAAGUACUUAGAAAUGCUGAUGAGUCUGAAUGGUUGUGAAAUGUCAAAAAAUGAAAAAAGAUAAGCAUGGUAAACCAGUGGGUUGAGCAACUGGAAAGCACAGUAAGGAUGAAAGCAAGUAAGUAUGAGGUGGUGAGAGAAGUGUGGAAAAGUGUGGUUGUGCCAAAUGGUAUGGAUGUUAGAAGUAGAGCAGAAUAGAGUACCAAGGAUGGCACUGAAUGCACCCAGGUAUAGUCCAGUGGAAGCUUUAAGAGGUGAUAAGGGAUAGUAAGUUUAGGGAAAGACUUACAAAACCAACACUAAGAUACAAAAGAAAAGAUGAUGCAAGAAUAGCAGCAAAGGUGAAUCUAUGUCAUGAAAGUGGAAGCAAAUGGAGGAAGAGGUGCAUGAGAAUGACAGAUAAGAGUGGAUAACAAGUUGUGUGGGUGAUGAGAAUGGCUUGGAGAAAUCAAAAUGAGCAUGAAUAGAUAGUGACAAGAAGAGGCAGAGUGGGAAUUGAAUGUGUGAGAAAAUGGAAGAAUAAGAUAGAUAGAAAAGUGAAGUGCACGGGACUGAAUUAAUGGGAAAAGGAAUGAAAGAGCACUCUGGAAUGGUACAAGGACAGAGAGGCCCCAUAAUGUGGUAUGAUGGAAGCCUGGGUGAUAAUCUUCUCUCCCAAGCUACGGCACAGUGUUUGGAGUGAAUGCAAGGAAUUACAGAUGGCCCAAAUCCUGCAGCAAAAUGUGCCAGAUGUGUGACAUGGGAGAGGACACAACAGUGGAGCAUGUGGUGCUGGAAUGUGAGAGGUAUGAGAGACAGGAGUAAGAUGACGCAAGUGAUUCUGACUGUGUUAGGGCACAACAGGAAUGAAAGAGUGAAGACAGAAAGGGAAUGGAUGGUGAUGCUGCUGGUACUGGGUAAAGAGAUGAAUAAAAGGAUGACUGAAGCAAUGAGGGAGUUCCUGGAGAAAAUGUGGUAUGCCAGAUGUUGGGACAAUUAGUGUAGAUACUAUUCGUUUUCUGCUUUUUUGUCUUUUUCAGGAGUGAUCCUGAGCCACCUGUAAGAUGAAGAUCAAGACCACCCAUGUAAACAAGCUACCUAGUUCUGGUUUAAAUACUGCACAUGCUCAGCACUUUUUUUUUCAUGGCUGACUCUACUUAGUAAGCAUGCACAUUUCUUUAUAGUUUUUUUUUGGUAUCAUGUCAGAUGUUUCUAUAAUAUACACCUGAAUAGGAAAUUUGGUUUUUCCAUGUAAAUAAUUUAAAUGAUGUUAGCCAACUAAGAUACCUCUGAAACGAGUUGUACUCCUUUGUUCCUCCUACUUUGAUCCACACCACACCAGUGUAUGGUGAGGCUAAUACACAUUGCUGAAUGAGUGCUGGAAUGUCUCAUCAGGCACUACUGUAUUUGUUUAGUGCAUCCUUAAAUUUUAAUAUUUUAGAGGCUCUUACUACACGAGACAUGCAUGAUUUUGGUAUAAUUAUGUGAGAUCUAUGCCACAAACAUACUACAGACACAACAUUUUGGAGGCAUGAUUAUUUAUUGGUUUACCUCAGCACAUGGCAGGUCAAUAAUGUGUCUGUGACUAUACAUAUGUUGAAUAUUCCUUCCUCAACAAAAAUUGAAGUAAAAGCCAGCAUCAAAACAAUAAAAAAAUAUGAGAAAACUGUGGUCCUAAUCCUGUGAGGCAUUAGCUGACCUAAGCAUAUACAAGCACCUACUGAAAGGAGUGUCAUGUGCUAAGGAACCACGUUACAUAAAAUCAUAACUCUCUGCCUUAAUAUUUCACAAUCACACAAUCUGAUGGCUAAAUAAUCAUAUACAGUGUGUACUUUUACUCCACAAUUUCCUCAAUCUUCACAGCUCUGCCAACUACUACAUCAUUUAGAUUUAUUGCAAAGGUAGGAAUAACAUUUACAUACACUAAAUCAUGACUAGCAGGCACAGUAUUUGUCAUGUUUAAAUAUGCUUGCUUACUGACUGACUCAGCAAGAUGUACAAGGUUUAAUUUUGAAACAAAUUGUAAGACUAGCUCUUUUAUGCUGUAAGUGACCUGUCUUACUGUCGCAGUGAUCACAGGCUAAAGGCAUGUCUGUAUGCAGGGAUUGGAACGAUGUGUGACGAGCAGAUGUACCAAUGGUUACAAUGGCAAUGGGAUGCUGAGAUGGAAGAAAUUGAUGAAGUACCUGAAGUCCAGGAAAGGUGGUUGCCCUGUGCCACCACACCUCCAGGUCCUAAUUACUCUCGCCUGCCUGGCAACUGGAAGCCACCAGGCAGUGAUUGCAGACUGCUAUGGCAUAUCCCAAGCCACAAUGGCCUGGUAGUGUCCAAGACAUCAGAAUUUUUGACAAAAGCACCAUUCAUGAGGCCUUUCAAGAUAGCCUGGUCAUCUGUUGGGUGGCAGCGGGUAUCCUUGUAGGAGGUACCUCUUAACCCCACUUCCAUCUCCUAAGGGGCCCCAUGAAGAGGCCUACAACAGAAGUCACACCCACACAAGAAAUACUAUUAAGAGGGCAAUUGGGGUGCCUAAGCAUUGCUUCUUCUGCCUUGGGACAACUCUUUGAACAAACUUAGACACUGACAAAGCCAUUAUUAUUGCCUCAACAGUCCUCCACAAUAUUGCAAUUCAAACUAAGAUUAAUAUGCAAGAGGAACUUAUGGAUGUGAAUACAGACCUAGAAAAAUGAAAAUAUUGAUGUGAGUGAUACUGUCCUGGAAAGACAAAAUAAUCACGCAGUUUUGCAGGGUUGCCUCAAACGUGAACAAAUUAUUAGAGAUAAUUUUAAAAGCCUAGUAUGGUAGGAGUGUCACAAUGUGUUUACAAUAUCCACACUCAAGCUGUGGCAGACUUUGGUGUUACUUGUGGCAUUCUCUGUAUACAGCUGACAUUAAGAUGAGGUCAGACCUCAUCUAGACUACGCUGUGCAGUUCUGGUCCCCACAUUACAGGAAAGAUAUAGGUCUAUUAGAAUCAAUACAGAGGAGAACGACUAAAAGGAUACAGGGGAUGAGGAGUAUUCCCUUCGAGGCGAAAUUGAAGUUGUUAAAUUUACAUUCUUUAGAGAGACGUAGGUUAAGAGGGGACCUGAUAGAAGUCUUUAAGUGGUAUAAGGGUUAUAACAAGGGGGAUGUAGGCAAAAUUCUUAGGAUCAGCAACCAGGGUAGAACAAGAAAUAGGAGGUUCAAGCUUGAAAAAUUUAGGUUUAGGAAGGAGAUAGGAAAAAAUUGGUUCUCAAAUAGAGUGGUAGAUGAGUGGAACGGACUCAGUAAUUAAGAUGUUAGUGCUAGGACACUAGAGAGCUUUAAGAGAAGAUUAGACAAGUUUAUGGAUGGGGAUAAUGGAAAUAGGAAGGUAUAUUUCAUACAGGGACUGCCACAUGUAAUCCUGGUCACUUCUUGCAUCUUCCCUUACUUAUAUUCUUAUGUUAAAUUCAUUGUGUGUAUGAUGAGAGUACUGAUUUUUGUGUGUAUUGAUAAGAUGUAUACUUCCAUUGCUCACUUGUAUGUAAAUGUAAAGCUCAUGAGGUAUGGAUUGGAUAUGCUAUAAAUUAUAAGUAAAAACACCA